AUUGGUGGAGCUGCCUGCCUGUCCGGCGCUGGGAGUUUGCGGACCAGCCUCUCCCUUGCUUAGCAAGCGGUACUGGGCGAGCGGCGGCUUCCCCAGCACAGGAAUAGGAUUUUUUUUUAUUGGGAAUUGCGGAGAUUACUGCCAGAGGACAGUUACAUUACUGACGGAAUCAUUUGCAUUUUCUCUAGGUCCUGCUUUUUUUAAGAGAUUCCAGGAGGUACUUACGGUACAGCUCUCUCGCUUCCAUGGCGACCGUCGUCAUGGAGCAGAUCAGCCGGCUGUUCAUCAACGUGCAGCAGAUCCGGCAGAUCCCGAGGCUGCUGGAGUCCGCCUUCCCGACUCUGCCCUGCACCGUCCAGGACGUCGACGUGCCCUGGGUCUUCCGAGAGCCUCACAUCCGGACCGGCUACCGGCCGCUGCACCAGAGCUGGCGUUACUACUGCCUGACCUUGUUCCAGCGCCAUAACGAGGCCGUCAACGUCUGGACCCACCUGGUGGCUGCUCUGGUCAUCCUGGUGAAAUUCCAGCAGCUGGCCGAGAUGGUGGACUUCCUGAGGGACCCCCACGCCCAGCCCCUCUUCAUCAUCCUCCUCUCCUCUUUCACCUACCUGUCGUGCAGCGCCCUGGCCCACCUGCUGUCCGCCAGGUCCGAGCUCUCCCACUACACCUUCUUCUUCCUGGACUACGUGGGGGUGGCCGUCUACCAGUACGGCAGCGCCUUGGUGCACUUUUACUACGUCAUCGAGAAGGAGUGGCACGCCUCCGUCCGCCACUUCUUCCUGCCCUUGGCAGCCUUCCUGGCCUGGCUGUCCUGUGCCGGGUGCUGUUAUGGGAAGUACAUGAGCUGCCGUCUGCCCAAGGUCGUCCACAAGCUCUUCCAGGUCGUGCCCUCCGGUCUGGCCUACUGCCUGGACAUCAGCCCGGUGCUGCACCGCAUCUGGGCCUGCUCUCCCCAAGGCUGCACGGACCAGGCCGUCGCCUAUCACCAGUACCAGGUGCUGUUUUUCCUCGUAAGUGCCUACUUCUUCGCCUACCCGCACCCCGAGAAGUGGUUCCCGGGGAAGUGCGACUUCAUAGGCCAGGGCCACCAGAUCUUCCACGUCUUCUUGGUACUGUGCACGCUGGCGCAGAUCGAGGCGGUGAAGAUAGACUACGUCGCGCGCCGGACUCUGUAUGAGCGCCUGCACGGGGACUCCACCCACGAUUUCAGCGCCCUCUUUGUGUUCACAGCCUGCUGCAGUGCCCUGACCGCAUUCUACAUGAGGAACAGAGUCCGAGCCCAGAUAAAGGAGAAAGAGGAAUAAGACUUAGCUUUGGGCAAAUAAUCAAAACAGCCUUCACGUCAUUACUAAGAAACAGUCCUGUCAUUUAGAAUCCUUCUUCUCCUUUGUCUGCCAAGCAAACAGCACAUGGGAGGCAAUGUGUUCACAUGGAUACUGGGAGAGGAGAAAAAGUAUUUAUAAAACAGAGUUUUAUCUGGGAUUAUUUAAAAAAGUGUUAAGCAAAACUCCAUGUCCUUCUGACACGGCAGCAUUUACAGAUACUUUUUUUUGAUGUGCAGUGAAAUUUUCUUGCAGAAAAAAGCCUUACCUGGGGCAGUUAGGAAGUUAGGAAGUGAGGAAUAGGGUAAUUAAGACAUUACAAGACAAAAGAUUAUUUUAGGAAAAAUGCAAAGCCCAUGCUUUGCAUCACUGAAGUGAGCUUGCACAGAAUGCUUGAGGACAUAUUACCAGUGUUCAACAAAGUAAAGGAACAGUAUGCAAAUCUGGCAAGAUUAGAAAGUUCAGCAGCUUUUCUGCACGUCUGCUACUAUUCUAGUGAUACACGUGACAAAGCUUUGCUGAAUCUCAGGUCCGCCUCCACAUUGCACCAAGAGUACUGCAAGGACAGUAUUAAACAACACCAGGUGUUUUGUCACACUUACAAAAAAAAAAUCAGAAGGUGCAGGUGACUGAGAGAGUUUAGGCCACAAGAGUGUCCAUUCCUGGUCUUGGAUAUCUGGUUGAUCUGCAAGGUCUCUUUGAAGCAGCAGUAUCUGAAGAGCUGGGAGAAGCUGUUAAAUGGGUCACCUGAAGCAAGUGACCAGCGGGUUUAGCUUUUUAAGAGCUACGCUGGACCAAGACCAGGACUGGACAUCCCCGACGUAGGGUCACUGCUAUUUGAAGAGGUUGUCUUACUUCAUUUCAAACUGCAAGUGAAGAUAAAUGAUCAGUACAGAUUGUCAGUCAAAUCAGAUAGGAACAGAAGCAGUUCUACAAAAGAGUGCCACAGAAGCUAUAGUGAACAUGGUGAAGGCAUGAUGUCAUUGGAAGACACUGCCACAUCGGCUUGCUAUACAUGCAAUUAGUAUUAAUAUGGAGUAUAAAAAGAUACUGUAAAUAAGUAUAACAUUUUGUGAGUGCAUAGAAAACAAUACCAUAUCUGAAAGAGUGUGUUUCUUAGUGGUGCUGUUGUGCUUUAAUAGCAUUUGUCUCAUUUCUUUGAAGAGGUGAAAAAGAGGUGAACCUGAAUGAUACUGAACAAAUGGAGUCAGAACGGUAAAUAACUGAUUAUCUUGGAGAGUGCGAUGGAAAAAAUUAGGCGUUCAUGGACUUCAACAGAGAAAUACGUGGUCUGGUGAAGCAGAAGUACACUCACUAUAGGCUUUCACGUUUUGCCUUUUUUUUAAAUUGAGUUAGCAAGAAGUGUGAAAAGCUCUACUUGCAUGUAGUUAUUCAAGUGUACAGCUCUGUGCUGUUGUUAGCAGGGGAUCCCAGUCCUGGUCUUCGGGACUCGCAGGCCUGUUGGUUUGCUUGGCAGCCAAGCAUUUGAGGAUUCAUUUACUAAAACAAACCCUUAAUUGAAUCCACAAGUCACUUGGUUGGUACCUUUGCAAUUUUUUCAUACUCAAAGCUCUGAGAUUUUAAGUUCCUCAAGAAAUGCAAUAGUUAAAAGGUAACCUCCUACAUGAAUAGGAAAGCAAAGGUUCAUAUUAAACUUCUUAUUAGGUCUAUUAAGGGUCUGAUUAUUUAUAAUUAUUAAUCAUAAAUAUAAAUUAUUUGUUAAUUAUUUAUUAUUUAUAAAGUAUUUAAGUGCUUAGGUGGAACAAAAACCAGCAGGUCUAUGGGUUUCCAGGACCAGAAUUGGGAAGCCCUGAUUACCAGGACUGUACUGUGUUGGUAAGCUAAGCUUCCUCAGUUCCAGGCCUAGACAGCCCAUGUGCUUGCUGUUUUUUUUCCAUUCAAGGUCUCAGUUAUAUACUGUAAAAGAACUUAAUUAUACACCUGAACUAACUCACAAGUUGCUUUUUUGAAAAUGGGAAUUACUUAUAAAAUGCAGUAGUUCAGGGGAAACCUGAUACAUGUUUCAGCACUGAAAACGAUUAAAGAUGAAUUCACAUGAAUGAAUAGUUUAAUGACGUGUUUAAUUAUGUAACUGAGAGGUCAGCUGAUGACAAAUACCAGCAGAUGUGGAGGUUCUAGGGUCUGACCUGUCUUAAGCCACCACAUCGUUCUUGACAACCUUUCCUAUUUCGUUUUGUCCCUUUUAAAAGUCUACGUGUUUUUUAUAUACUGUAGAGGAAGUCCUUCGUGGUGUAAAUAGUUCAUAGAGCUGGCACUCAUGCCAGUUCCUGUAUUGUCAAGCAGGCUGAUGGACAACCAUGUUUAGGACACUAGUUCCUUGCAGGUUAACCACUGUACAGCUGGGUGGAUCAGAGCAGCCUGUAUGAAGCCCAUUCAUUCAGUACAACAGUAUUGUCUGUCUGAGUGAUGUGACCCCAGUGUCUCUACAGAACUGCUCCAGAUUCAUGAUCUCUUCUGAUUGCUAUAGUGGGCCUUAUUUUCACGACCAGACAAAAAACAAAUGCCCGUCAAAUAAGUAUGAAUAAAGUUGGAUUAUAUCUGACAUUUAAUUUGAAACUAAAUGUAAAUAGUAGCUAAAGAAACCAGAUAUCUAUUUUAGCUUUCUUUCUAGGUUGAUUAAUAUAUAGACAUGAAGACAGUUACUCUAAACAAGGCUGCAGUUAUAUUGUGUGCCAAGCUUGUGCUUAUUGUUUUUAGAAAUUGAACUAAUUUGUUACAAAAUCCAAGUAAAUGUAACGGGUUUGAGUUCUUAUUUAUCUAAUCAGAGUAGCUGUUUAAAACUGUAUUGCAAUGAUAAUAAAUCCAUAUUUCACAAUUGUUUGUGUGACAUAAUAAAUAUAUAAUAAGGCAUAGGGCAUUACAUUUAAGAGGAAGAGUUUGGAAUAUAGCUUCUAUUAAUAAUGGAAAAAAAAGAUUUAUUUGUCUGGUUAUGCCACACAAAGAAACUUUUAAGGAUGCAGUGUACAUCUGGGGUUGCUCCAUGAUCGUGACAGGCUCUCUUUGUCAUUGCAAGCAAGUGGAGAUUCAGAUGCUGCAAAAAAAAACUAGAUUACUGCGAGGUGCUUAUUUUCAGACCUGAAUUUGAAUAUUGGACAUUCAAAACAAGACAUAUGUGCCUAGCUAUCAAACCAGAGAAGUAUUAGUGUCAGUUUUAGCUAUUUCAUACUCUGUACUGUGUACUUUACAUAAAUAUUCUGGAUAAAGAUUUCAAAUGCAUUACUUGUUAGAUUAACACACAGCUGAUAUGUAAGUACAGGCAUCCUAUAUCUGAAAUGUUUGUAUCCACUGAAGCGUUGUAGGUACCACUUGAUAGGAUGAGUAUAGUUAAGGAAGUAAAGGCGUUGUUUGAGAUACAAGGUUCCAAUGUACAGUAUAUGACUACACUUGAAUGUGAAUAUUUUAAAAACAACUUCUUCUCAAGAGGAAGAACGGACAAAACAGUUCAUAGUUUUUAAGCUUCAGUGGGGGUGAAGGGGGUAAACAUGAAUGUUAAGUUAAUGCAUUACAAUUUAAACCAUUUCUGAGAGAGGAACACAACAGUAUAUACUUGCCUGUGAGAUUUUGGUGUGUAAUAGAUAGAUAGAUAAGACUUUAUUGAUCCCGAAGGGAAAUUGAGGAUAAUAACAUAUACUGAGACAGCCAUGCCUUACUUUCCUAUACUGACCUCAAAAUAAACACACACAUAGGCACACAAGGAUUCUAUUGAGACUUUCUUUGCAGUUAGCUACAUUAAUUGGCUUUUUCAACAGACAAAGAUGUCAUUAAUGUUUUUAAUAUGGAAACACCUGAGAUUGCAGUAUUCACAAUAUUUAGAAGCCGCAGAGUAGUGUUACCUGUCACUCUAUUGGGCUUAUUUUGUUUCUGUCUUCUGAUACUUCAGCUGCCGAUGGCAGGUUCAAACCCAAAUGUUCUGUUGGGAGGUGAAAAGAACACCAGCAUGUUUGUGCCAAGACACAAGUGUUCACUGUAUGUCACAGGGAUGCCUCCUGAGGCACAGCAAUGAUAAUGCCUGAACACUUUGUAUGCAUUCUGCACUAAUAGGUUUAUGCAUUAGACAUUAUAUAUAGCUAUACUGUAUAUAAUUUAAGCACUUUAUCACAAAGGUUUACAGAAAAUAAUGUUGCUGUCUUUGAAAGCUUGGCUCUGUAUCUUGCACUAAAGAUCUAAUAUGAUUCAGUGGCGCUCAAUCCUUUCAGGACUGUUUUAUUUUAUUACUGUAAAAACCUGCUUCUACAGCGAUUGCUCCCUAAUGAUCAUGCUAAACCUGAAUUUCUUCAAAAGCACAGCGUCUGUCCGUAUAGCCAAUUAUGAACAAAUGAUUGAGUUGGCUGGGCUCAUGUUGUGUCCUGUUUGUCUACCCAUGUGAUAUCUGAUUUGUGACCCUGGGUUUUUAGAAUGAUUUCCAGGGGGUCGUUGAGAGAUUACAAGUGGCGUGCUGCUCAGAACAUUUCUGCUGAUGUCUGUCAGCGCUGUGUGAAAGCUUUUGUAUUUCUGCACAGGGCCGUGAAGGGAGAGGAGGUUGCAACAAGUUCACAAGUGACCAGUCACUUGCUGAGAGACAGUGGUGCAAAGAUAGCAAAUAGCAUCCACACAACAGGCGACUCAUUGAGGUGUACUUAAUGUUUUUACAGUAUUCAUGCAAACUUGGUACUUGCUGAGUUACAGAAAAAGAUAAUGUGCUCAUCUGAUGCGCUCAAACAGAAACCCACUGUAAAACUGACUGUGUGUUAUUAUAUUGAUGUAUUUAAGUGAAUAAACUAAUAAUGCUAUAUCAGAA